AUGAAGUACAUUAUCAUGAACAUUUCACGUGUCGACCGGGACAUUGACGACCAUAUGUCUGUUCAGGCUAUCAUACAGUACUAUCAGGUGAGGGGACACUUAACAGCACAGUUGGAUCCGUUAGGUAUGAUAUCGGCGAACAUCCAGUCGCCCCUACACUCUGUUACCUCCAGUUCCCCUCACGCGGUGCUCGCGACUCACAACUUAGACGAGACGGAUAUGGACCGUGUGUUUAGGCUUUCGUUGAACACACGCAUCGGCGGCGCCGGCGUAUCGGCUCUGCCCUUACGGGAGAUACUGACGCGCUUGGAGGGCGCCUACUGUCGACACAUUGGGGUCGAGUAUAUGCAUAUCAAUCACUCCGAGCGCCGGCAAUGGAUUCGCGAGAGGUUUGAAACGCCCGACGCCGGGCACCUGUCGCUCGACGCCAAGCGGACACUAUUGGCCCGAAUGACUCGCGCCCACAGGUUUGAGGAGUUUGUCGGCGCGAUGUGGCCGACGGAGAAGCGAUUCGGUCUCGAGGGCUGCGAAGUGUUGAUACCGGCCGUGAAAGCCAUUAUCGACGCCUCGACGGGCGCCGGCGUCGAGUGUAUAGUCAUGGGAAUGGCUCACAGGGGACGGCUCAACGUGUUGGCCAACGUGUGCGGCGAACCACUCGACCGGAUCUUCGGCCGACUCCGUGGGGUAGAGCCGCCGGCCGACGACGAGGGGUCCGGCGAUUUGGUGUACCACUUGGGGACGACUCGCGAGCUAAUCACCCGGUGCUCUAAUAAGAGCGUACAGUUGACGCUCGUGGCCAACCCCUCGCACCUGGAGGCGUGUGACCCGGUCGUGGAGGGCGUGACCAGAGCCGAGCAGUUCAAUCGCGGGGACAGUAAGGGAGGGAAAGUGAUGGCACUCCUACUGCACGGCGACGCGGCCUUCGCCGCCCAGGGGGUCGUCUACGAGACCCUCCAGAUGAGCGCAUUGGCCGAGUAUUCAACGCACGGCACCAUUCAUGUGGUGGUCAACAAUCAGAUCGGUUUCACGACUGACCCGCGCGCCGGUCGAUCCUCGACGUACUGCACGGACGUCGCGCGCGCCCUAAACGCGCCGGUGUUUCACGUGAACGCCGACGACCCGGAGGCCGUGCACUACGUGUGCGGUGUGGCCGCCGAAUGGAGGCACCGGUUCGCCGGCGACUGUGUCGUCGAUUUGGUCGGCUAUCGACGCAACGGUCACGACGAGAGGGACGACCCGACCCUCACUCAGCCCGUGAUGUACGCCAAGAUCGGGCGGCAGGUGUCGUGUUGGGAGCGAUACCGGCGCCGACUCGUCGCCGAAAACACGGUGUCCGAGGCUUACGCGCGGGAACUCCACGAUAGGUACGACACGAUUCUGACGGAUGCCUACGAAAGGGCUGAGAGGGCGGCGGCGAUGGUGUCUAACAACGACUGGUCGGACAGGCCGUCGAGUGGCUUCUUCGGCACCGGUAGAUGUGAACUGACGCCCGACCAGCCGACCGGUGUGGCCGAGGAUGUGCUCACACACAUCGGCACUCUGUUCGGUAGUCCACCGCCCGGUGACUUCGCGAUACACCCGGCGAUCGCGCGAAUACUGGCCUCGAGACUAGAAAUGAUCGAAAACCGAUCGGUCGACUGGACGGUGGCGGAGGCCAUGGCGUUCGGGUCGCUACUCAAGGAGGGCGUUCACGUGAGACUCAGCGGACAGGACGUCGAGAGGGGAGCGUCGGGUCACCGGCACCACGUCCUCCACCAUCAGACGAUCGACGAGACAACGUACCGACCGUUAUGUCACUUAUACCCGGAUCAGGCGCCGUAUACCGUGUGCAACAGCCCACUGUCGGAGUACGGGGUACUCGGCUUCGAGUACGGCUUCUCUAUGGCUACCCCUAACGCACUGGUCGUAUGGGAGGCCCAGUCGGGCGACUUCCUCAACGUCGGCCAAUGUAUUGUCGAUCAGUACGUGAGCAGCGGUGAGGCGAAGUGGGGCCUACGGCCGGGCCUCGUGUUACUACUCCCGCACGGCAUGGAGGGCAUGGGUCCCGACCACUCCAGCGCCCGACCCGAACGCCUCCUACAGCUGUCGAACUCCGAUUCGGAUGUAUUUCCCGCGACGAUCGACGAGCGUCGACAGUUGCGCGACAUUAAUAUGAUCGUGGUCAAUUGCACAACACCCGCCAACUAUUUCCACAUGUUAAGGCGCCAAAUAGGCCUUCCCUUCAGGAAGCCGCUGGUCGUAUUGGCGCCAAAGUCGCUGUACCGACACCCGGACGCCACGUCCCGUUUCGACGACAUGACUCCCGGGGCCCGUUUCGCGCCCGUGAUUCCCGAGUCGGGUCCCGCCGGGCAGAGCGCCCAACACGUCAAGCGACUGGUGUUCUGUACGGGAAAGACAUUUUACGAUCUGGUGAGCGCGAGGUCGGCCAAACACCUGGACCGGGACGUGGCGAUCGUUCGCGUCGAGCAGUUGUCUCCCUUUCCAUUCGCGGCGAUUCGCGAUGAACUCCGUAAGUACCCGAACGCCGACCUGCUGUGGUCUCAGGAGGAGCACAAGAAUCAGGGCUUCUGGGCGUACGUUCGGCCCCACAUCGAGUGCGUGCUCCGGCACCUACACCUCUCGCAUAAAAUGCUUGGCUACGCGGGACGGGCUAUUAAAAAAUAA